CGUCAUUGGUUCGCUUAUUCUCCUGGGAGUCCUCGCCUGCGUGGUCAACUGUUUCUGCUGCGGCUAUCAAUGUUGCAAAGGGUGCUGUGGCUGCUGUUCCAUGUGCUGCCCUUCUGGUAGACGUCGAAGGGACGACCGUACAAAAUACAUGGAUGAACCGACGGGGUACCAUCAACCGCCGCCAGCAGCAGCAGCAGCAGCCGCCUCAUCGAUGCCAACCAGAGACGCAUAUCAAUCACCAGCGGCUCCGCCGGUGUACCGUGGCCCGUCGACGGCUACAUUUGAUGCUUCAAGACGAGUCAGCGCAAAGACUAACGACGACGUUUUGCCUUCGAUGCCGACAUGGGAGAAUUCAGCCUCUAGACGAGUUGAAGACAUCGGUCCUCAUCCAGACGAGAUGGAAAUGAAGCCUCUGAACUCUCCGACCCAGCAGUAUGGCGUUACAUCCGCUUUCCCCCCCUCGGCUGGCGCUAUCGCUGCUGCUGCUCCUGCGGCAAGACAAGCGGUCGGUGGACGAAGAGGGGCUCCUCCGCCCCAGCGGAUGCAAUCGCCAGCUCAACAUUACGACUAUCGUGGCGCACAUGGCUCGAGUCAGUAUAAUGUAGCGUCUCCUGGACCGGAGACCCCAGUUGGUCGAGGAGCUUUCAACGCUUCUCCUUACGAGCAGCAGCCAUACAAUGACUAUUCGUAUGGUAAUGAUCAGCAUUCAUACGGCUAUCAGCCACAGCUGCAGCCGCAGCCGCAGGCAUACCCUCAGACACAGACACGCCCACAGGCACCAGGUCUUUAUAUCCCCCAACAACAGCAACAUCAACAGUAUAACCCAGUGUCUACGAUGUCUCCCUCGCACGAGAUGCCCGAGCACACGGCUUUCCAGCGCCAACCCUCCUUUGCAUCGACGCAACCACCCCCUACUUACGUCUCGGACUACCAGGAGCCACAGUACUCCCAAGCACACCCAUUGUACCAUGACUACUCGCCCUCGCAUGUUUCCUCGCCCCCGCCGCCCUUCUCCCCCACAGCCCCAGAGCCAGCCAACGCCGUCCGUCCGCCGAGUCUGUUGCAGAGUGGUCGGAGGCCUGUCGCGAACUCGUGGAGGAAUAUCUAAUGAGACUGCUGCAUUCUUUUCGGCUGUCCUCGGAUGUCCCUUUUGGAUGUCCCUUUUGGAUUACCUUUUUCCAUUUCUUCCUGGUUCUUCUUUUUCAUCAUUGAAAAGAACUCUCUUGGCGUACUGCGUUCUGGUUGCGAUUAUUGCAUUAUGGACUACAGCGGAUCCUCCAUCACUUCUAUCUUACUUGAUCGGUUGAUAUACCUGUUUUCUUUUCUUGCCUCCCCGGUUGCUUUCCCUGUUUGCUUGCUAGGCUCCUUGUAC